AUGCGCGCUAGAGUGCUCGACGAAGUGCACGCCAGAAAGACGACUGCCCACCCAGGGAGAAAUAAGACGAGGUCUUUGAUUAAAACUCAUUACUGGUGGCCAGGUAUAUCCAUAGAUUCUGACAAAUAUGUCUCCAAUUGCCUGACGUGCCGAGCCUCAAAGGUUCCAAGGGACAAAACGCCAGGUUUCCUACACCCGCUCCCGGUGCCUGAACGAGGAUGGAAGGAUUUGGCAGUAGACUUCAAGUCAAUGCCGAAGGACAAGAAUCGAUACGACAACCUGAUGGUCAUCGUUGAUCGGUUGAGCAAAGCGACUUGGGCAACACCAUGCUUCGUCAAUGCCACGGCCCGCGAUGCCGCCAAGAUGUACUACAACGGUCCUUUCCGUAUUUUCCAGUUUCCCGACACCGUUGUAUCGGACAGAGGACCCCAAUUUGUGUCCGACUUUACCGACGAACUGAGCAAGAUCAUGGGAGUCACCUGGCGCCUUUCCACGGCUGGUCAUUCCCAAACCGCUGGCCAGGUGGAGAUCUUAAAUCAGAUUGUGUGGAUGGAGUUUUGA